AUGAGUAGAAGAGGUAAAAAUUUAGUCCAACACAUCACUGAAAUCUUCGAAAAAGAUGAUCUAGAUAUUCCCAUUACAAUCUUCAAAGUACCCAAAUCUCUGACUCAAGCAAACCCAGAAGUUUAUGUACCAAAACUGAUGGGCUUGGGGGCAAUGCAUCACUUGAGGCCUAGGCUUAAACACAUGCAAAUGUACAAAGUCAUGGAGGCCAAAAAAAUCCACAAGGGAUUCCAAGGUAUCGCUUUUUCUGAGCUUAUUGAGAUUCUGAAGGAGAUAGUAGUUUCCUCUGUGCGAGCUUCUUAUAACAUAUACUUGGAGAUAGAGGACGAUAUUCUUACUUGUAUAAUGGCCGUAGAUGGUUUGUUUCUGUUCGAUUUACUUUGCUGUUAUGGAAUAGAAAAACAACAUUUGUUAAGCUCAAAUAUUUUGAGUCAAAUGGUGGACUCUACUGGGAGGCGAUUGGCCCAAGAAACGACACUCAGAGAAGCUAUGAUGCUCGAGAACCAGAUUCCAAUCCUUGUGCUGAGGACUAUCUUGAUUAUAGAAUCGCCAGAGUUUGAAAUUGUGAGUGAGUAUUUGCCAAAAAUCUUGGUGGGUUUUUGCCAAUAUGUCUCACCAUUUGAUAUAAUGAUUGAUUACCCACCUUACAAGACUUUAAACCAUGCCCAUUUGUUGGAUCUUCUUUACCAUUUGAUCAUACCUGAAGAUAAUUUUCAAGAAGAAAAUGAUCUUAACGACUUGUUAAGAGGACUAUUUGACAAUGUAAAGUCUAAAAUACAAGCUUUAAAAGCUCCAAAACAAGAGACCAGAAAAAGAAUUCGUAGGACUAAGAUCAUGACAUUUGAGGCUGCUCUCGACGUGUCCUUAAAUCUAGCUCCAAUACAAUAUAAGAAAACUAUUGAACUUGCUAAAGGCUUGUUUAGCCUGCCAUGGUCAGAACUAGGAUCGAGUGUAUCUUCUGCUGUGAAAGGAGCAAUCGUAGAAGAGGAAACCUUGAUUCCAACAGCCUCUGAGCUGCAUAAAGCUGGUGUCAAAUUUGUACCAGGAGCUCAGAUCAGAAGCAUCAAAUUCGACUCGAAAAGUGUCUCCCUUCACCUACCCUCAAUGAAACUAGGUGGGAAUUCUGAUGUUAUAAUCAAAAACUUGGUUGCAUACGAGGCCUUGAUCAAGUCUGAGACAGAAGAGCUGGUUCUAGCGCCGUAUGCUGAAAUAAUGAGUGAUCUUAUAAGGACUUCAGAUGAUGUUAUGGUACUUAAGAAUGAUGGGAUUAUAAAAUUGGAUCAGUCCAUUGAUGAAAGACAAGUGAUCAAAGUGUUCAGUAGGAUGAAUAAGUCCGUACAGUCAACAAAUACGAGUGAGAGCAUUGACAAACAAAUUGAAACUGUGAAGAGUUACUACAAUGGUUUGUGGAAGGUAUCGGCACGUAGAUUCAUCAACAAGGGGUGGUUGGUUGCUGGGAAUUGGUGCAAAGUUUUAGCUGCUGUGUUGUUGUUGGUGCUGAUGGGAAUUCAAGCUUUUUGCUCAGUUUACGAAUGUCAUCGUUUAUCAUUUAAGACCAACAAUAGCUCUCAGUCUCUUCAGGGCUUAAGAGUACUUUCUUUGAGGUCUGAUGUGUAG